AUGAGGUUUCUACAGUCCGCAAUCAACCGAUUAAAUACACCGCCAAACCACCAUUUUCUCAAGAUGUGGGCCUGUGAUCCCGCACUUACUACAGAAAUAAUGAACAGUUAUCAAGUAGCUGGGCCACUCUUUGUUCAAGCUCUGCAGAGUUUUCUGGCAGUGCAAUGCGCGUUGUCUGGAGAUCAUUUAUGGCCAGCUGAUGCGACGGAGGCAGUUCUCGAAG